AUGUCUGUCAUACAUCACAGAGAAAGACGUCCAUGGACAGACUUCGUCGAUCGAACGCUUCAAAGAAUCAAGAAGCAUAUCAAACCUUCUCUUUGCUCGGCCUCUUCAUCAAAGAAACGCAAGGCUACCAACCCUGAAGACGAGCCACCAAGCUACGAAUUAACGCGAAUGAUCGAUGGCUACAAGGGGUCGAUCCACCCCCGUGUUCGGAGUCUCAUGCUCAUGGAGGCUACUUCAAGAUCGGAAGAGAGGUUUACGUGCACACCAGGACGACAAGCAUAUUGCGGCUCUGAGCCGGCAGAUAUCCCGCACGUCACUCUGCCGUGUGGCCACAAGUUUCACAUGCAGUGUAUAAGCGACUGGUCCCUAACCUCCUGGUACUCUCGGUGCCCUACAUGCCAGCAGACUCUGCAUUAUCGCCGCUGCGGCCACCAUGUCUACUUCCCCUAUGUCCACCCCAACACAGUCAUGGACCCCGAUGAGUUCGACGGAGCCUGUGCCCCCUGCGCUCCUACGCCAGAAUACCAGGGCUUGGUCGAGGACCCGCCUCGCCCGUAUCAGAUGAAUCGACACGACUCACAGUGGGCUUGGUGGCUGCUAAACGUGUUCGAGGGCGGCGACGACCGCUUUCACGACGAGAGACGGGCCCUAAGGGCGCGCACUCUAAUUGUGUGUCCCGAGAACGGUCAAAACGAGAGAAAGCAUUUGCUGUUGCUCUUUGACGAGCUUUACAAACUACACACGGCCUUGAAGACAUCGGAUGGCCUCAACUGGGUAGAUGCACUGUCCCUCUGUCUAGACCUUGCCACCGGCUAUUACUUCGACAACAAAGAACACCUGGCGCGAAUGUCGAACAGACGAAGAGGUCUAAACGUGUGGAGGGUACUGCUUCAUACACUUGUGAUGGAGCUGCGAAGAUUUGAAAAGUACAGCGAGAAGGCAGGGUAUAUGCGCUUCAUGGUGCCUUUCGCUCCCUAUUUCAGAAUGGUAACCCACUCGUGCUGA